UGCAAGUACAAAUGCGGUUAGUGAGAUUUUGGCCUUCGUGGGGGCGUAAAAUGACCGUCAGACAAAGACGCAUCGACAUCUGAGUGCGUUUGAGGACAGACAUGAUGAUGACGACGAGACGAGCGGAGAGCCUGCGAGCGCGCGACGCGAGCGCUUUACCGCAGUGGAUGCGCAUGUAUUUCUACGGGAUGCACGGAGUCACGCUGGACAUCCUGCUGUCCUCCGGCCGCCGGUUCCUGGAUGACAACGACUUCAGACUGCUGGGAUUCUCCUCUCCGUACUUGUGCAUCGUGCACUCCAUCACGCAUCUGCUUUUGGAGAAGAUCUACCUGCAAAAAAGAUGCUUCCAAGAGCGACCUGUCGUUUUCCACCUCGUCUUCUAUCCGUCCUUGUACAUCUGCCUGCAGAUCUUAAUAGGGAAUGUGGUGACCUGCACGGAGAAUAUCAGAGUGGUUUCCAUCACGCAGCUCGUUGUGCAUUACAUCCUCGCUUUGUACUUCACGAAUGUCUUUCAUAAAGUCUUCCUGCGUCUGCAGUAUCAGGACAAGCGGGUGUUAUUGAGGUCAUCCUGCCCAAACGGGUUACCCGGCGUCCUGCGCUUCGUGUUCUUCGGGAUGCAUGGCUUUCUGGACGAGGUGCUCUUCACCUCUGUGUUCAACUUGUUUGAGAAAGCAGACCGGACCUUGAGGGGCCACACGUCCCUGUGGUCCUUCCUCAUGUAUGGAAGCUGCAGCUUCGUGGUGGAGAAGCUCUACCUCCAUCUGCACUUCAGGAGAGGAUGGGGAACUUUGCAGCGGCUUCCCAUCUACAUCUGCUUCAUUUACACGUGGGAGUUCAGCUGGGGCUUCGCUCUGAGACACUAUGACGCCUGUUCCUGGGACUAUUCCCACUACCCUCUCAAUUUAAUGGGACUGGUGACGUUGCUGUAUCUUCCAGGAUGGGUCUGUCUGAGUCUGUAUCAAGACGUCUUGUCGAAUAUUCUGCUGAGGGUUGUGUGCAGUGAUAGGAAUAACGAGGAAAUGCCAAACGCUGGUGCCAAUGGACGCAUGCUGCCAAAAAGGAAGCUGGAGAAGGAUAAAUUGCACGUGGGCUUUUCCUAAUAUAUCCUCCUGGGACCAGCAGAAAGGCAUUUGAAUGUUUGAUGCUUGAGAAAGAAUUAAGAAUCUUUUUAAAAAGGGGAGGUCAGGGCUAGUUGUCACUCCAGGUUUAUUUUUGAAAGUCAAUUUCUGUAUCGACAUAUGCCGGUAGAACCCAGAAAAAAAUACUGUCCUUUAAUUAAACACUAUAAGUGGGGCAUGUUGUCACAUUA